AUGGCAGCAACUUCCUCUUACAUAGCUGGUGCAAAGUUCUCUAUGCUGGGUUGGCUUGGAGGCAGAAGAGAACUGAGAAGGAGACGCGUAAUCUCUGUUUCAGCUCAGCAGCAAGCUGAAGUCCAAGGAUCACAGGAAGUGGAUGCACAAGAAGAAAAGGAGCUAGAACAGGAGAAAGUGAAGCAAUCAACGCAACCAAGACCAGUGGAACCACAAGUGAACGUGAAGAGCAAGAACAUGAGCAGGGAAUAUGGAGGGCAGUGGCUCAGCAGCGUCACACGGCACGUGAGGAUCUAUGCUGCCUACAUUGACCCAGAAACUUGA